CGGCCCCUCAGCCCGCGGCCUGCGCACGGCCGCGCCCCGCCGCGCCUUCGCCAAGGAGCUGUUCCUCGGCACCCUGCGCAAGGAAGAAGUUUUUCCUUACCCAGAAAUUAGCAAUGAAGAACUGGCAGAAAUCAACCAGUUUGUGGGGCCUGUUGAAAAGUUCUUCAAUGAGGAAGUGGACUCGAAGAAAAUUGAUCAAGAUGCAAAAAUCCCACCUGAAACCUUACAAGGACUGAAGGACCUGGGUCUGUUUGGCAUGCAGAUUCCAGAGGAAUAUGGUGGGCUGGGCCUGUCAAACACCAUGUAUGCACGGCUGGGAGAAAUCACCUCCCUGGAUGGCUCCAUUGCAGUGACCCUGGCAGCUCAUCAGGCCAUUGGGCUGAAGGGGAUCCUCAUAGCUGGCACCGAGGAGCAGAAGGCCAAGUACCUGCCCCGCCUGGCCUCGGGGGAGCACAUUGCUGCCUUCUGCCUCACCGAGCCUGGCAGUGGGAGUGAUGCUGCAUCCAUCCAGACAAGAGCAACCCUGAGUGAAGAUGGGAAACACUUCCUGUUAAAUGGCUCCAAGGUCUGGAUCUCCAAUGGUGGCCUGGCCAGUAUUUUCACAGUGUUUGCCAGGACAGAGGUUGUGGACAAGGACGGGCAGGUGAAGGAUAAAAUCACAGCUUUCAUCGUGGAGCGGGACUUCGGCGGCGUCAGCCACGGCAAGCCCGAGGAUAAACUGGGCAUUCGAGGCUCCAACACCUGUGAAGUGCAUUUUGAAAACACCAAAGUGCCUAUAGAGAAUGUAAUUGGAGAAGUUGGAGAGGGAUUUAAGGUUGCCAUGAAUAUCCUCAACAGUGGAAGAUUUAGCAUGGGCAGUGCAUCUGCUGGAAUGAUUAAGAAGUUGAUAGAGCUGACAUCAGAGUAUGCUUGCACCAGGAAACAAUUCAAUAAGAAACUCAGCCAGUUUGGAUUAAUUCAGGAGAAGUUUUGUUUGAUGGCUGUGAAAGCCUACGUGAUGGAGAGCAUGGCUUACCUGACUGCAGGCAUGAUGGACAGGCCAGGCCUCCCUGACUGCUCCGUGGAGGCUGCCAUGGUCAAGGUGUUCAGCUCUGAGGGUGCCUGGGCCUGUGUGAGUGAGGCUCUGCAGAUCCUUGGGGGCCUUGGCUACAUGAAGGAUUAUCCCUACGAGCGCUACCUCAGGGACACCAGGAUCCUGCUCAUCUUUGAGGGAACCAAUGAAAUCCUGAGAAUGUACAUUGCACUGACAGGCAUGCAGCAUGCAGGGAAGAUCUUAACUGACAAAAUUAAAGCAAUCAAGAAAGGAAACGUGGGAGUGGCGCUGGGGGAGUUCAUGACCAGGCUGCAGGACAGCCUGGGCAGGAAGGUGGAUCUGGGGCUUGUAGGUCACCAUGGGGUGGUGCACCCCAGCCUCCAGGAGAAUGCCAAGAAACUUGAAGAAAACGUUCAUUAUUUUGGAACUACAGUCAGGGGCCUGCUAAGUAGGUUUGGCAAGACAAUAGUGGAGGAGCAGCUGGUGCUGAAGAGAGUGGCAGAUGUGGUGAUUAAUUUGUAUGCAAUGACUGCAGCCAUCUCCCGGGCCAGCCGCUCCAUCAGCAUCGGGCUCAGGAACCACGACCACGAGGUGCUUCUUACAAAUAUCUUCUGCACAGAAGCGUAUUUCAAGAAUAAUUAUGCCAUGGCUCAAUUAGAAAAAUAUGCCGAUGAAAAUCUGGAUGAUUCCAUUAAGAAAGCUGCAAAGCAGAUCCUGGAGAAGAGGGCAUACAUCUGCUCCCACCCUCUGGACAGGACCUUCUGAUCCCUCCCUGACAGCAGGCACUCAUGAAAGUCAGUCAGGGAGGGAUUUGCUGCAGUUGCAGAAUUUGACACAUAAAAACCAUGUUUUCAAUGUCUUUACUAAAUGUAACUUGUAUAAAAUAAAACUUCUUUCUAACCACUA